AUGGAGUCUGGUUCUGUCUUCAAGGCUGGAGUACAGUGGUACAAUCUCGGAUCACUGCAACCUCUGCCUCCUGCGUUCAAGCCAUUCUCCUGCCUCACCCUCCUGACUAGCUGGGACUACAGAGUAUUCUGAAGACCGCUUCAGUUAACAGGAAACGGGAUGGUUUCCAACAGGACCAAGGGUGGAAAAGGAAGAGCUACAUGGUGCGCAUAAUUUCAGGGGUCCUUGUGGACUGAGCACAACCUAAGUUGGAGGCAAUAGUAGUAGGAGCCUUGGCAGCAUCAGUAACGAUCGUACCUCAGUGAGAGCUCCCUAUCUCUGCGCCAGGUUCCCCAGGAAGCCAUCACACUCCUUCCUACUGUGGUUUUGGGAGCAUGAAGGCGUUGCUUAUCCCCUAUGUCUGGUUCACUGUAUGUAGGCUGGGAGUGUCUGCUGAUCACUUGGAGUGCUGUCCCUUGGAAAAGAAGGAGUAAGGAUUGAGCACCCCUGCAGUGGACCAUGAGUUGGUAAUGCCCACUGAGGACCUCUGGGAGCCAUGUCAGACGAAUCUGCCUCAGGGAGCGAUCCAGACCUGGACCCGGAUGUGGAGCUGGAGGAUGCGGAAGAGGAGGAGGAGGAGGAGGAGGUGGCAGUGGAGGAAUGUGACAGGGAUGAUGAAGAAGACCUGCUGGAUGACCCAUCCCUGGAAGGCAUGUGUGGCACUGAGCAUGCCCAGCUGGGAGAAGAUGGGCAGCAGCCGCCGCGGUGCACUUCAACUACCUCAUCUCAGUCUGAGCCUUCAGAGAAGCUUAGGCGCCACCAAGGCAACAAUCUAGCCUCUGAGGACCCCAAAAAGAAGAGAGCUCAGAAGCCCUCCCACAUGAGAAGAAACAUACGAAAGCUACUCCGGGAAGAUCAACUGGAGCCUGUUACCAAAGCAGCACAGCAAGAAGAGUUGGAAAGAAGGAAGCGCCUGGAGCAGCAGAGGAAAGAUUAUGCAGCCCCUAUUCCUACUGUCCCGCUAGAGUUCCUCCCUGAGGAAAUUGCUUUAAGAGCAAGUGAUGGUCACCAACUGCCUCCUCGGGUCUUGGCCCAGGAAGUCAUUUGUUUGGACAGUAGCAGUGGCAGUGAGGAUGAAAAAAGCAGUCGAGAUGAGGUGAUUGAACUGAGCUCUGGAGAGGAGGACACUCUGCACAUUGUGGACAGCAGUGAGUCUGUCAGUGAAGAGGAUGAGGAAGAAGAGAAGGGUGGCACCCACGUCAAUGAUGUCUUAAACCAGCCUGACACCCUUGGGCGGGUCCUUGUCAACUUAAACCACCCUCCAGAGGAGGAAAAUGUCUUCCUUGCCCCACAGUUGGCACGGGCUGUGAAACCUCAUCAGAUUGGUGGGAUCCGGUUCCUUUACGAUAAUCUAGUGGAGUCCUUGGAGAGAUUUAAGACUAGCAGUGGCUUUGGCUGUAUUCUGGCCCACAGCAUGGGUCUGGGGAAAACUUUGCAAGUGAUCUCUUUUAUCGACGUCCUCUUCCGCCACACGCCAGCCAAAACAGUCCUUGCCAUUGUGCCGGUUAAUACUCUUCAGAAUUGGCUGGCAGAGUUCAACAUGUGGCUUCCACCUCCUGAAGCCCUUCCGGCUGACAACAAGCCUGAAGAAGUCCAGCCUCGGUUCUUUAAAGUUCACAUCUUGAAUGAUGAGCACAAGACGAUGGCAUCUCGUGCUAAAGUGAUGGCUGAUUGGGUGUCAGAGGGUGGGGUGCUGCUGAUGGGGUAUGAAAUGUACAGACUCCUCACUCUGAAGAAAUCAUUUGCCACAGGUAGACCGAAGAAAACCAAGAAACGUUCUCACCCAGUCAUCAUUGAUCUGGAUGAGGAAGAUCGGCAGCAGGAGUUUCGGAGAGAGUUUGAGAAGGCUUUAUGCCGCCCUGGCCCUGAUGUAGUAAUCUGUGAUGAGGGACACCGCAUCAAAAACUGCCAGGCCAGCACCUCACAGGCUCUGAAGAAUAUCCGCUCUCGCCGCCGGGUGGUGCUGACUGGGUACCCUCUGCAGAACAACCUCAUUGAGUACUGGUGCAUGGUGGACUUUGUGCGCCCAGACUUCCUUGGCACUCGGCAGGAGUUCAGCAACAUGUUUGAACGCCCUAUCCUGAAUGGGCAGUGUAUUGACAGCACACCUCAGGAUGUGCGCCUCAUGCGGUACCGGAGCCAUGUCUUGCACAGUCUUCUGGAGGGCUUUGUGCAGAGGAGAGGCCACACUGUGCUGAAGAUUCAUCUCCCUGCCAAGGAAGAAAACGUGAUCCUUGUGCGGCUCUCCAAGAUCCAGCGAGAUUUGUACACACAGUUCAUGGAUCGCUUUCGGGACUGUGGUACCAGUGGCUGGCUGGGGCUGAACCCCCUUAAGGCUUUCUGCGUGUGUUGCAAGAUCUGGAAUCACCCUGAUGUGCUGUAUGAAGCCCUUCAGAAGGAGAGCUUGGCCAAUGAGCAGGACCUAGACGUGGAAGAGCUUGGCUCUGCGGGGACCAGUGCCCGCUGUCCAACACAGGGAACAAAAGGCAAGGGAGAGGAUAGCACCUUGGCUUCCUCAAUGGGAGAGGCAACCAAUAGCAAGUUCCUACAGGGUGUUGGCUUCAACCCUUUCCAGGAGCGAGGCAACAACAUCGUCACAUAUGAGUGGGCCAAGGACCUUCUGACUAAUUACCAGACUGGAGUCUUAGAAAACUCUCCCAAGAUGGUACUGCUUUUCCACCUGAUUGAGGAAAGUGUAAAGCUUGGGGACAAGAUCCUUGUGUUUAGCCAGAGCCUUUCCACCUUGGCUCUCAUUGAGGAAUUCCUUGGAAAACGAGAAGUACCCAGUCCACCUGGUGCUGAGGGGCAAGGAGCACAGAAGUGGGUUCGAAAUGUCAGCUACUUCCGGCUAGAUGGUAGCACCCCUGCCUUUGAGAGGGAGCGACUCAUUAAUCAGUUCAAUGAUCCCAGCAACCUCACCACCUGGCUGUUCCUUCUCUCUACAAGGGCUGGAUGCCUGGGUGUGAAUCUGAUUGGUGCCAACAGAGUGGUGGUGUUUGAUGCUUCCUGGAACCCUUGCCAUGAUGCCCAGGCAGUAUGUCGGGUAUACCGUUAUGGUCAGAAAAAGCCCUGUUACAUCUAUCGACUUGUGGCUGAUUACACUCUUGAAAAGAAGAUCUAUGACCGUCAGAUUUCCAAGCAGGGCAUGUCAGAUCGGGUGGUGGAUGAUCUAAAUCCAAUGCUGAACUUCACCCGGAAGGAGGUGGAAAACCUACUGCACUUUGUUGAGAAGGAGCCAGCUCCCCAAGUUUCCUUGAACAUAAAGGGAAUCAAGGAGUCAGUCCUGCAACUGGCUUGUCUGAAGUACCCUCACCUCAUCACCAAGGAGCCUUUUGAGCAUGAGUCAUUGCUCCUCAACCGAAAGGAUCACAAGCUGACCAAGGCUGAGAAAAAAGCAGCAAAGAAAAGCUAUGAGGAAGACAAACGCACAUCAGUCCCCUAUACCCGCCCAUCGUAUGCGCAGUAUUACCCUGCCAGCGAUCAGAGCCUGACCAGCAUCCCCGCCUUCAGCCAGAGAAACUGGCAGCCAACUUUGAAGGGUGAUGAAAAGCCUGUGGCCAGUGUUCGUCCUGUACAGUCCACCCCCAUCCCUAUGAUGCCCCGGCAUGUCCCACUCGGAGGCAGCGUAAGCUCUGCUUCCAGCACAAAUCCAUCCAUGAACUUUCCAAUCAACUACUUGCAGCGUGCGGGAGUCCUUGUGCAGAAGGUGGUCACCACAACAGAUAUUGUUAUUCCUGGACUCAACAGCACCACAGAUGUACAGGCAAGAAUUAAUGCUGGUGAGAGCAUCCACAUCAUCCGUGGGACAAAAGGGACGUACAUCCGUACCAGUGAUGGACGGAUCUUUGCUGUCCGGGCAACUGGCAAACCAAAGGUUCCUGAAGAUGGUCGAAUGGCUGCCUCAGGUUCCCAGGGACCUUCUCGCGAGUCCACAAGCAACGGCAGACACAGUGCCUCAUCACCCAAAGCCCCCGACCCUGAGGGGCUGGCCAGGCCCGUCUCUCCUGACAGCCCAGAGAUCAUCAGUGAGCUUCAGCAGUAUGCAGAUGUGGCUGCUGCCCGAGAAUCCCGUCAGAGCUCCCCAAGCAUCAAUGCCACCCUGCCUGGCCAACCAGCCCAACUUGUGGAUAGCAGUGCUGUUCCUGGGACAGCUCUUGGAACUGAGCCUCGACUAGGGGGUCAUUGCCUCAAUAGUUCCCUCUUGGUGACUGGCCAGCCCUGUGGUGAUAGGCACCCAGUGCUAGACUUAAGGGGCCACAAGCGAAAGUUGGCCACACCACCUGCUGCCCAGGAGUCAUCCCGCCGGCGGUCCAGGAAGGGUCAUCUGCCAGCCCCUGUGCAGCCGUAUGAACAUGGGUAUCCAGUGUCUGGCGGGUUUGCCAUGCCACCCGUCUCCUUAAACCAUAACCUCACCACCCCCUUCACCUCCCAGGCUGGGGAGAACUCCCUGUUUAUGGGCAGUACCCCCUCCUACUACCAGCUCUCCAAUUUGCUGGCAGAUGCCCGCCUGGUGUUUCCAGUGACUACUGACCCUCUGGUGCCAGCAGGCCCCGUCAGUUCCUCUUCCACGGCUACCUCAGUCACUGCCAGCAACCCCUCCUUCAUGCUCAACCCUUCUGUGCCAGGGAUACUACCCAGCUAUUCACUCCCAUUCUCACAGCCACUCCUGUCCGAGCCAAGGAUGUUUGCGCCUUUUCCUUCCCCUGUCUUGCCCAGCAACCUUUCGCGGGGCAUGUCUAUCUAUCCAGGCUACAUGUCCCCACAUGCAGGCUACCCAGCUGGUGGCCUCCUUCGGUCCCAGGUGCCUCCAUUUGACUCUCAUGAGGUUGCUGAGGUGGGGUUCAGCUCCAAUGAUGAUGAUGAUAAGGAUGAUGAUGUGAUAGAGGUCACUGGGAAAUAGCCGGGGAGCCCCUCCCCACCUCACUCGGGGCCCCCAGCAGGUUGCCCACCAAGCUGGAAGGCAGUGAUUUGGACUUUUUGAGAAAAGGACACUUGGCAGGAGGGAAAAGGAAGAGAAUAAAGGAAGGUGGUUAGCCAUAGUGGCAGAGCUCUAUUGCUGUUUAACAAAAGAGGCAAAAAAAAAAAAAAAGUCCAACAGAGCAGCAAUAGCAGGAAAUCAGGGACCCAAAACAGGGAUGGAGGGGCAGUGCAGCCUCUUUUCCUUCCUGCCUUGCUUAUGCUGUCUGCUUGCUUGCUCGCCCACCUGAGUGUAGAAGCGCACAUCCCAUUUCUGUCUUUGGGAACAUUCUCUCCCAAGAGAGCUGCCUUACUGGAUGACUUAGCUUGGCCUGGGGAGGGUAGGGAAGGAAGGGAGAAUGAGUGAGAAAAGGAGGUGGGCAGGGGAGCAGACUGUGAUCCCAUGUGAAGUGGGGUUUUUAGGGGGUGGGAAGGAAGCUGACCAGGUAUGUGUGUUUGUGAGUAUGUAUGUAUGUUUAUGUAUGUAUGUACAUGUAUGGAACAGAGCAGGGGUGAAGGUGGGAGGGGAGGGAGGGAGGGAAGAAUUAAGAGGGAAACUGAAAAAUGAAUUUAUCUUUCUUUAAAUGGAAAUCAGAGUUUGGUGGUUCAUGGCACCUAUUAGUUUGAACAUCAGGGUGAGCCCAGAAGAGCCAUGGAGAUCACAAGUUUCCUUCUGGUUGGGUGAAGAGAAGGCCCAGCUGACUCAAGUCCCUGAUUUUCAGAGCCACAUUUGUUUGAGAAUUUGGGGGAAUUCAUGAGAGAAAAUGGGCAUUACCAAUCUAUGUCUCUUAACCCUGGUGGUUAUCUCUGAGCAGCUCUCCCUUUCCAGCAUGGAAGGUUGUUUGUGUGCAGAGGCUGGAAGGGAGAAGCACUGCAGUAUGUGAGUGAAAGCUGUGGCUGGAAAAGACAUUUUUCGUGAGUAGAACUGAGCCCCCAGCUGCCUAUCCUGGUAGUCUUUUCUGUUCCUUUCCUUCCCCUUUAGAGAGCUCCAUGUUAAUUUAUUUCUUAUGGGCAACUAUUUAUUACUUGGACUUUUCAUACGUCUUGUUUCUUUAGGGGUGGGGUGGGGGGGAGGUUAGGGAUAAGGAGAGUUAGAGAUACGGAAGUUUUAAGAUAUCCCAAACCCCAUAGCCACUGGUGAAACAAUCAUGGGUGGAUGGUAAAUUGACCAGGGAAAGAGUUAGUUUUGACCAAGAUUUGGAUUAAACAACUGUAUUUUCAAGAGAUGGAAAAAAUUUUGGGGAAGAUCAGGGAAUCCUGAGACUGGAUAGUUAGUGAGGGGUGAGACUCAUUCCACAGAAAUUCAAAGUUGUGAUCAUGGAGUUUGUAACUGGGAAGUAAGAGAUCCCUGAUUUGGAGCUGUGUCCUGGGAUGACCUUAGAGGCUGGCUCUCUAUGCUGAACAGUGAAGCUGUGGAUAGGUGGUUGCUGGGUUGAGGCACUAUUGAUUUCUUGUUAGGAAAUGUCUUUAGGUGCUCCAUGUAGGCCUGGUGUCUGCUGCCUCCAUCUUUGAGGGAACAUGGAGGAGCCCUUUGUGUGUAGGAGCCCUAAGUCUGGACUUUUUCUUAAAAGAGCACGCCAGUGACAUGGUGGCUCACACCUGUAAACCCAGCACUUUGUGGGGGGGCGCCGAGGCGGGUGGAUCACAAGGUCAGGAGAUUGAGACCAUCCUGGCUAAUAUGGUGAAACCCCAUCUCCAUUAAAAAUACAAAAAAUUAGCCUGGCGUGGUGGCACACGCCUGUAGCCCCAGCUACUUGGGAGGCUGAGGCCGGAGAAUCGCUUGAACCUGGGAGGUGGAGGUUGCAGUUAGCCAAGAUCACACCACUGCACUCUAGCCUGGGCGACAGAGUGAGACUACAUCUCAAAAAAACAAAAACAAAAACAAAACUCGCCAAUCAUUCUGGGUCUCCUCUUAUUGCCACUGCCAGGGGAGGGUCAUCUAGUCCUUAACCCCGAACACUGGCUGUCUUCCUAUUUGUGUCCUUACCCCCUCUGCAUCCCCCAGCCCAAGACUUUUCACAUGGUUCUUUAUAAUGAACAAACUUUGGCUUUAGAGCUUUACCACCUACGCAUGGCUCCCUCCAUACUGGGCAGGUGCUGUACCUGCCUCUUCCCAGCCCAGAAGGCAGCUUAGUCAGAUCAUCCCAGUAGGAGCUUCUGCAGCUCUUCUGACCAGCCCAUUUCCAUCUUUGGAGGCCCUUAGCAGACUCUGGGGUAUUGCCUCAGAGAAGAGACACGGAGAUGUUGGAUGGGGUGCAUGUGUAUAUGUGUGUUUGUCUGCUGUCCAAUAACACCAAAAGUGGAACUUAAGAAGCUUUGUGUUUUCAUAAGCACCCUGCCAGACACUUAACUCUUCUCAUGGAAGCCUUAGAUCUACAAUUUAGCUAUGCAAAUUAUUUUAAUAAUUUAAAAAUAGCAGUUCCAACCAGUGCUUUCUCUUUCAGAUGCAUCCCAAGAAUGGAUGGUGAAGGGACUUAGUUGGAGUGGGCUUUCAGGUUGAGGCUGGUGCAGUAGGAGUCAGCUAGACUGAAUCUCCAGUUUAUAGGAUACACUCAGAAACUGGGUUACACUGAUGCCUUUUAGGCCCUGGAGCACUGGGAUCCCAGAGAUGCGUGCAUGCGUGUGUGUGUGUGUGUGUGUGUGUGUGUGUGUGUUGUUGUUGGGGAAGGGGGUAUUUCUGUAUUCACUUCUAGGAAAUCACUGUAGCAGCCUUCACAAAUCUGGGAACUUUCCCAGCAGGGAACUGAAACCAGUUGCUGGAGGGAUGGGCUUUUGAAGUUGCCAGAAAGUAAAUGGGUAUUCUGAGAGGUAGCACAUGCCUACUCUACCCAGUGUUCCAGGGCUGGGUCUUACUUCUACUCAGCAGAGACCAUCAUUCUGGGAGGCUGACCUGACUAGAGAAGGCUUUCUCUUACAUGUGCAGUUUCUAUUGUGUAGAGGGGUGGGGGUGGGAUCAUGGGAAAUUGGAGUGCUACCAGGUCCAUGGUUUUUUGUUUUUUUUUUUUUUUUAAAGAACCUGAAAACACUUCUGACUUUUCCGCUGUCUCUUUAUGUGUGCUGGUAGGCAAAUGUGCAUGAGCAUGUUUGAGAGGGAAGAAGGAAGUAAGAACCAUGUUUUACAGUUUAUUUGAUCAUAAACACUUGGUGGUAUCUUUCACCCACCAUCCAGGCCUGAGUAGGGGAGGGCUGCUGAUAAGAGGAAGGGCAGAAAAUCAGGCCUAGGUAUUUUCCCUUACUGUUUAUUGUCUUCCAUGGAAUGUUUUCAGGGGCCUCUCAAGCCCCAUCCAUCUGGUUUAGCCAAGUUCUCAGCCUGGGGAACACAGUACUAUUUAGUGAUUCAGGUUUACCAUUUAUAGUGAUGCUUGAUUUUUUUAAUAUAUUUGUAGAUAAAAUUGAACAGGGACAAAGUAGCUAUUUAAGAAAGGAAGUGAACCAUGUUGGGUUAUAUCAUUUUCUUUAGGUUGGAUAUCUAUGAAAUCCACACUGCUUUGAGUUAUGCUCCUUAAGCAUCUAUUUCAUCAUCUCCUAAUUUAAGGAUAAUUCUAUCUGGUCCUUGGAGCUCUCUUCCCAAGGAAUUAGUGUGUGAAGUCUCUAUAUACCUGUGAUUCACAACUAAAUAUGAACUUUCUCAAUCCAGAAGCAGGAAGCAAAGUGCAGGGUAAAGUUUUGCACAUUGGUUGAAACACUUAGCCAAACUUAAGUGGCUUGGUUCUCUCCGAAAGUUGUCAGCAGAGAAGGGCCCUCUGUGUCAGUCUAUUCAAGCCUGGCAUUGCUCUGAAACUGAUAAGGACUCAGUUUCAGAGCAAUGCCAGGCUUGAAUAGACUGACAUAGUCUUCUGUGGAGAAGGUCUUCUGGGGGCUUUACAUUCCUCUGGAUAUGACCUCCUGCUUCCCACUUCGUUUAUUUAUUUAUUUAUUUUUUUGAGAGGGAGUUUCGCUCUUGUUACCCAGGCUGGAGUGCAAUGGCGCGAUCUCGGCUCACCGCAACCUCUGCCUUCUGGGUUCAAGCAAUUCUCCUGCCUCAGCCUCCUGAGUAGCUGGGAUUACAGGCGCACACGACCAUGCCCAGCUAAUUUUUGUAUUUUUUAGUAGAGAUGGGGUUUCACCACAUUGGCCAGGCUGGUCUCGAACUCAUGACCUCAAGUGAUCUACCCACCUUGGCCUCCCGAAGUGUUGGGAUUACAGGUGUGAGCCACUGCACCCAGCCCCCACUUGCUUUUGAUUCCUCAGAAGACCAGUCUUUCCCUUCUGAGCCAUGGCCUUCUGUGCACACAGCUCAGUGGCUCUUUCCCCACCAAAAUUCCUAAGAGAAGUCAUCCUUCCCCAAAAGGACCCCCACAAGAUGUUCUGGCCCUCUGCUGACUGCUCCCAGGAAUCAGCACCUCAAGGACUAUAUGAGAAUGCUGCGCUCUCCAUUGGUCACCUUCAGACUGCAUUCCCUGCUGUCAACUCUUCUCUUCUGCUCUGUGUAUUCUGUGACCCCCUUAACAUCUGUUCUGUGCUACUAGCUUGGCCCUAGUCCUUUUAUGAAUACCUGAGUCUUACGAUGAUGAACUUCUUGAGCAGGCAGUGUCCAACUUCUUUGCUCUUCAGGGACCUGAGUGUGCACCUUCCCCUUUCGAAGUUCUGUUUGACAGUAAUCUAGUGUGCAUUGGGGAGGGGUAGCCAGGCAGUCUGCAGAGUCUGCAAUGCAGAGGGCUUGGGGAGGUUUGGGUACUCUCUGCUGCCACUACUGGGAUGAUAUUCAGAAGAGAGAGGACCUCAUACUGUGACUGGACCCAGGACCCUCCCUGGAAGAGAGCUGUGUGUGUGCGUGUGUGUGUUUGUGUGUGUGUGUGAGAGAGAGAGAGAGACAGUAUGUGUAUGCUGUGCUCAUGUGCACCUGGAUGUAAAAUGACUGUUAUCUGGUUGUUACUCAGGGUGGGCUGGGGACUCAUCGGAAGAAUCCCCCCCAGCCUGCCCAAGACAGGUUUUUCCCUUGUACCGUCUUCAGAGAGGUCAGGGGAAGAGGGUCCAGGUGGGUUAAGGGGGGUCGCUAUGGAUAACCACUAAGGCCAGACUGCUGCCAGGAGGAGUGGGGGAUAACGAGGUGGCCCCAGGGUCCUGGCACCUGGCUUUGGUUUUCCGUCUUCUUUCCUCAGGAUGCCCCUGAGGCCUGGGACCUGUGCCUGACUUUGAGGAGCAUCUGUGGCUGGGUGAUCCAGCUGCUGGUGUGAUCAUGGGCUUCCCUCCUCUCAGCAGGGCAGGCGCUCCUGCCCCAGAGACUGGGCAACUGGCUGUUUCUAUGACGUAUUUAUUUUUACUUGUGUUUCAUGUCACUUUUUUAAAAAAAAAAGCAAACAGAACAAUUGUAAGUCAAUAUAACUGCCUAUCAGUUUUCUUUAUUUCUCUUUUUGUAAAAUAAAAUUUAAACUCAAGAA